AUGGGAGUGGGCUGGGGUUGUGGAGUGGAACAGGAGGCGAGAGAUACAAAGGUGAUAAAUAGGAGACAGGAAGUGUAUUUUUUGGGGGUGGAUCAUUGCAGAAACUUGAGGUCUCACUCUCUCUCAGGCACACUUACUCAUGCACGUUCACACACACAGAUACACAUUCCUUUUUAUCACCAUACAAACACAGGCGUGAGCACACACACACACACACACACACACACACACACACACACACACACACACACACACACACACACACACACACACACACACACACACAUAUUAAUGAUUACAAUGUGUGUCUAAUGACACAGGUUUUGUUCCAACCUCAUCAAUUAUAUUUUCCACCAAACCUUUGGCAGUCCUGUUUGUAUUGGUACCCCUGUCACGCUGGGCUAGGCGAUUAGAAUAUGAAGGAUACUGAGCUGACCGACCCAAGACCUGCAGCCUCUGUCUCUACUACACCACCAGCAGACAAACAGACACUGUCUGCCCCUCCUCUCUAUAUCUUCUCUCUCUCUCUCUCUCUCUCUCUCUCUCUCUCUCUCUCUCUCUCUCUCUCUCUCUCUCUCUCUCUCUCUCUCUCUCUCUCUCUCUCAACUGUUUCUCAGCAUCUCCCUCUCUCUCUUUUUGUCUUUCUUCUCUCUCUCAGUAUCACUCUGUCUUCAGUAGCAGGCAGCGGAAACCACACUGUCGAGCGUUGAUGUGAGAAAGACAGACAGAGAGACAGAGGAGAGGAGAUACUGACUCACAGACAAACAGUCACAACAGCCACAAUCUCCUUCCACUGGCCUUCUGACAGGCUUUACCCAUUUAUAAACGUACUAGAUGCCAAGUAAAGCAUCAAGUGUACUGCUUGAACUCUCAUGACGUCUGAUAUUACAGCCCAACAAAACUUAUUGGAGCCACAGACAUUUUUACUGUAGAUGUGCUAACAUUGUUAUUGUUAUAUAACAAGUUCAACAUUCAGACCAGUAUGGUAUUGCCCAAGCAGGGUGUGGAUGCAUGGGAAAAUACCUUCUGCCUAAGUGAUGUGGCUUAAUGUGCCAAGUAAUGUGGCAAUGUGUGUGUCUGUGUUUCAUCCAGGGCUGCCAUUGAAGUGGUGGAAGGAGAUGUCUGUGAAUUGGAAACUCGAUUAGAGAAGGUGAGCGACAGUGAAACGUACACACACACACAAACUUUUUUUCUAUCCUCUUGGGGACCUAAAAUUGAUUUCCAUUCAAAAUUAUUAUUUCCCUAACCCUUAACCCUAAACCUUACCCUACCCUAACCGUAUUCCAUAAACCUAACCCUAAACCCUAACCCUAAUUGUAACCCUAAUUGUAACCCUAACCCUAUACCUAACCCCUAAGCUUAAAAUAACCUUUGUCCUCGUGGGGAUGUUGGAAAUGUCCCCAUGAGGGAGAAUCUUCCUUGUUUUACUAUCCUUGUGGGGACUUUUGGGGAUUUCAGGUCCCCUACAAGGAUAGAAGAACAAGACACACAGGUCCACCCCCCCCCCCCCCCCCCCCCCCCACCACCCUUUCAAUCACUUGAUAUUCCUAAUUCCCUAAAGGGAUUGGUGUGCAUAACAUUUUCAGAUGCAUACUUUGGUCAUUAAAGGUCAGAUUCUUGUGAGUCUCAACCUAUUUUGUGUCUGAACAGUGAUCAUAUUUGUAGGCGGUGCUAUGUCAUCUCAUGUCCUAUUGAAAUGUUGUGUCAUUCUGUCACGUUCAUUUAAGGACGGGUCAGACCAAGGCGCAGCGUGAAAUGCGUACAUGUUUAUUUAAAUGAUAAACACACAACAAAACAACAAACCAACGAAACGUGAAGUCCGAAGGCUAAACACAAUACAAGCCUACUCACGGAACAAGAUCCCACAACUAACGAGUGCCAAUAGGCUGCCUAAGUAUGAUCCCCAAUCAGAGACAACGAGCGACAGCUGUCUCUGAUUGGGAAUCGCACCUGGGCCAAACAUAGACAUACAAUCCUAGAAUGAAAACAUAGAACUACUAACAUAGAAUAUUCACACCCUGACUCAACAUAUAAGAGUCCCCUGAGUCAGGGCGUGACACAUGCUGAAUGCAUUGUAGUGUGUUUUGACAUCUUUUGUAAUGUGGAAUUGUGUUUUAUUGAAUCCUGACACAUGUACAGUGAGGGAAAAAAUUAUUUGAUCCCCUGCUGAUUUUGUACGUUUGCCCACUGACAAAGAAAGGAUCAGUCUAUAAUUUUAAUGGUAGGUUUAUUUGAACAGUAAGAGACAGAAUAACAACAACAAAAUCCAGAAAAACGCAUGUAAAAAAUGUUAUAAAUUGAUUUGCAUUUUAAUGAGGGAAAUAAGUAUUUGACCCCCUCUCAAUCAGAAAGAUUUCUGGCUCCCAGGUGUCUUUUAUACAUGUAACGAGCUGAGAUUAGGAGCACACUCUUAAAGGGAGUGCUCCUAAUCUCAGCCUGUUAACUGUAUAAAAGACACCUGUCCACAGAAGCAAUCAAUCAAUCAGAUUCCAAACUCUCCACCAUGGCCAAGACCAAAGAGCUCUCCAAGGAUGUCAGGGACAAGAUUGUAGACUUACACAAGGCUGGAAUGGUCUACAAGACCAUUGCCAAGCAGCUUGGUGAGAAGGUGACAACAGUUGGUGCGAUUAUUCGCAAAUGGAAGCAACACAAAAUAACUGUCAAUCUCCCUCGGCCUGGGGCUCCGUGCAAGAUCUCACCUCGUGGAGUUGCAAUGAUCAUGAGAACGGUGAGGAAUCAGCCCAGAACUACACGGGAGGAUCUUGUCAAUGAUCUCAAGGAAGCUGGGACCAUAGUCACCAAGAAAACAACUGGUAACACACUACGCCGUGAAGGACUGAAAUCCUGCAGCGCCCGCAAGGUCCCCCUGCUCAAGACAGCACAUAUACAGGCCCGUCUGAAGUUUGCCAAUGAACAUCUGAAUGAUUCAGAGGAGAACUGGGUGAAAGUGUUGUUGUCAGAUGAGACCAAAAUGGAGCUCUUUGGCAUCAACUCAACUUACAUUUACAUUUACAUUUACGUCAUUUAGCAGACGCUCUUAUCCAGAGCGACUUACAAAUAGGUGCAUUCACCUUAUAGCCAGUAGUACAACCACUUUACAAUGUUUUAUUUUAUUUUAUUUUAUUUUUUUAGGGGGGGGGGGGGGGUUGGGGUAAGGGGGGGGGGGUAGAAGCAUUACUUUAUCCUAUCCCAGGUAUUCCUUAAAGAGGUGGGGUUUCAAAUGUCUCCGGAAGGUGGUGAGUGACUCCGCUGUCCUGGCGUCGUGAGGGAGCUUGUUCCACCAUUGGGGUGCCAGAGCAGCGAACAGUUUUGACUGGGCUGAGCGGGAACUAUGCUUCCGCAGAGGAAGGGGAGCCAGCAGGCCAGAGGUGGAUGAACGCAAUGCCCUCGUUUGGGUGUAGGGACUGAUCAGAGCCUGAAGGUACGGAGGUGCCGUACCCCUCACAGCUCCAUAGGCAAGCACCAUGGUCUUGUAACAGAUGCGAGCUUCAACUGGAAGCCAGUGGAGUGUGCGGAGGAGCGGGGGUGACGUGAGAGAACUUGGGAAGGUUGAACACCAGGCGGGCUGCGGCAUUCUGGAUGAGUUGUAGGGGUUUAAUGGCACAGGCAGGGAGCCCAGCCAACAGCGAGUUGCAGUAAUCCAGACGGGAGAUGACAAGUGCCUGGAUUAGGACCUGUGCCGCUUCCUGUGUAAGGCAGGGUCGUACUCUCCGAAUGUUGUAGAGCAUGAACCUACAGGAUCGGGUCACCGCCUUGAUGUUAGCAGAGAACGACAGGGUGUUGUCCAGGGUCACGCCAAGGCUCUUCGCACUCUGGGAGGAGGACACAACGGAGUUGUCGACCGUGAUGGCGAGAUCAUGGAACGGGCAGUCCUUCCCCGGGAGGAAGAGCAGCUCCGUCUUGCCAAGGUUCAGCUUGAGGUGGUGAUCCGUCAUCCAUACUGAUAUGUCUGCCAGACAUGCAGAGAUGCGAUUCGCCACCUGGUUAUCAGAAGGGGGAAAGGAGAAGAUUAGUUGUGUAUCGUCAGCGUAGCAAUGAUAGGAGAGACCAUGUGAGGAUAUGACAGAGCCAAGUGACUUGGUGUAUAGCGAGAAUAGGAGAGGGCCUAGAACUGAGCCCUGGGGGACACCAGUGGUGAGAGCACGUGGUGCGGAGACAGCUUCUCGCCACCCUACUUGGUAGGAGCGACCGGUCAGGUAGGACGCAAUCCAAGAGUGAGCCGCGCCGGAGAUGCCCAGCUCGGAGAGGGUGGAGAGGAGGAUCUGAUGGUUCACAGUAUCAAAGGCAGCAGACAGGUCUAGAAGGAUAAGAGCAGAGGAGAGAGAGUUAGCUUUAGCAGUGCGGAGAGCCUCCGUGACACAGAGAAGAGCAGUCUCAGUUGAAUGACCAGUCUUGAAACCUGACUGGUUUGGAUCAAGAAGGUCAUUCUGAGAGAGAUAGCAAGAGAGUUGGCUAGAGACGCCACGCUCAAUAGUUUUGGAGAGAAAAGAAAGAAGGGAUACUGGUCUGUAGUUGUUGACAUCAGAGGGAUCGAGUGUUGGUUUUUUGAGAAGGGGUGCAACUCUCGCUCUCUUGAAGACGGAAGGGACAUAGCCAGCGGUCAAGGAUGAGUUGAUCAGCGAGGUGAGGUAGGGGAGAAGGUCACCGGAGAUGGUCUGGAGAAGAGAGGAGGGGAUAGGGUCAAGCGGGCAGGUUGUUGGGCGGCCUGCCGUCACAAGUCGCAUGAUUUUAUCUGGAGAGAGAGGGGAGAAAGAAGUCAAAGCAUAGGGUAGGGCAGUGUGAGCAGGACCAGCAGUGUCAUUUGGCUUAACAAACGAGGAUCGGAUGUCGUCAACCUUUUUUUCAAAGUGGUUGACGAAGUCAUCCACAGAGAGGGAGGGGGGGAGGAUUCAGCAGGGAGGAGAAUGUGGCAAAGAGCUUCCUUGGGUUAGAGGCAAAUGCUUGGAAUUUAGAGUGGUAGAAAGUGGCCUUAGCAGCAGAAACAGAUGAAGAAAAUGUAGAGAGGAGGGAGUGAAAAGAUGCCAGGUCCGCAGGGAGUCUAGUUUUCUUCCAUUUCUGCUCAGCUGCCCGGAGCUCUGUUCUGUGAGCUCGCAAUGAGUCAUCAAGCCACGGAGCUGGAGGGGAGGACCGAGCCGGCCGGGAGGAUAGGGGACAUAGAGAGUCAAAGGAUGCAGAAAGGGAGGAGAGGAGGGUUGAGGAGGCAGAAUCAGGAGAUUGGAGGGAGAAGGAUUGAGCAGAGGGAAGAGAUGAUAGGAUGGAAGAGGAGAGAGUAGCGGGAGAGAGAGAGCGAAGGUUGCGACGACGCAUUACCAUCUGUGUAGGGGCAGAGUGAGUAGUGUUGGAGGAGAGCGAGAGAGAGAAGGAUACAAAGUAGUGGUCGGAGACAUGGAGGGGAGUUGCAGUGAGAUUAGUAGAAGAACAGCAUCUAGUAAAGAUGAGGUCAAGCGUAUUGCCUGCCUUGUGAGUAGGGGGGGACGGUGAGAGGGUGAGGUCAAAAGAGGAGAGGAGUGGAAAGAAGGAGGCAGAGAGAAAUGAGUCAAAUGUAGACGUAGGGAGGUUGAAAUCCCCCAGAACUGUGAGGGGUGAGCCAUCCUCAGGAAAGGAGCUUAUCAAGGCGUCAAGCUCAUUGAUGAACUCUCCAAGGGAACCUGGAGGGCGAUAGAAGACAAGGAUAUUAAGCUUAAAUGGGCUAGUGACUGUGACAGCAUGGAAUUCAAAUGAGGAGAUAGACAGAUGGGUUAGGGGAAAAAUUGAGAAUGUCCACUUGGGAGAUAUGAGGAUUCCUGUGCCACCACCCCGCUGACCAGAUGCUCUCGGGGUAUGCGAGAACACAUGGUCAGACGAGGAGAGAGCAGUAGGAGUAGCAGUGUUUUCAGUGGUAAUCCAUGUUUCCAUCAGCGCCAAGAAGUCGAGGGAUUGGAGGGUAGCAUAGGCUGGGAUGAAGUCUGCCUUGUUGGCAGCAGAACGGCAGUUCCAGAGGCUGCCUGAGACCUGGAACUCCAGGUGAGUGGUGCGUGCAGGGACCACCAGGUUAGAGAGGCAGCAGCCACACGGUGUGAGGCGUUUGUGUAGCCUGUGCGGAGAGGAGAGAUCAGGGAUAGGCAGAGGCAUAGUUGACAGGCUGCAGCAAAUGGCUACAAUAAUGCAGAGGAGAUCGGAAUGAAAUGAACUAAACAUCUGGGAAAGGAGAGAGGGGGGCCUCCCUCACCACAACUCCCAAAUAUAACUCUCCCAACUUCCACCUCAGAAACUAUAAUUGUUGUAAACUACAGCGGUUCAAUGUUUUCUAGGAAUAGACUAACUCAGCUAGCUAACUAGGCGCAGCACGAACGGCACGAACACACAGAGAGAGCCAAACUAACGUUAACUCUACACCCAUGUCCCGAAUUCCCUGAACGACUCGGGCUAUCAAUAUGUAAAAAACAAAACACAGAUGUAGGUUAUGACUUACCCCUAGCAGCUACUGUUAGCUAGCCAAGUGUAAAGCUAGCCACUGAAUUGACUCAGCCAGUUCGCGUCUGUUCGCUAGGUCGUUCCAGCUAUUGUUUACUAGUAGCUAUCCAGGUAGCAACAAGCUAGCUAAAUUUCAAGCACAGUAGCCACUUGCUACCUAACGUUAACGGUUCAGACAUGAGGUUAGAAAACAGCUGAAUGGUAGGCAAUUAUUGUAUGCAAUCAUUGUAGGCAGCCAGCUGGCGUAACCACAGGCACUCCCAGGCGUGAAAUAACAAUACCGUUGCUAAUAGCUAAUAGCUACUCGCCAGCUAGCCGUGUUUGGAGGAGGAGGAGGAAUGCUGCCUAUGACCCCAAGAACACCAUCCCCACCGUCAAACAUGGAGGUGGAAACAUUAUGCUUUGGGGGUAUUUUUCUGCUAAGGGGACAGGACAACUUCACCGCAUCAAAGGGACGAUGGACGGGGCCAUGUACCGUCAAAUCUUGGGUGAGAACCUCCUUCCCUCAGCCAGGGCAUUGAAAAUGGGUUGUGGAUGGGUAUUCCAGCAUGACAAUGACUCAAAACACACGGCCAAGGCAACAAAGGAGUGGCUCAAGAAGAAGCACAUUAAGGUCCUGGAGUGGCCUAGCCAGUCUCCAGACCUUAAUCCCAUAGAAAAUCUGUGGAGGGAGCUGAAGGUUCGAGUUGCCAAACGUCAGCCUCGAAACCUUAAUGACUUGGAGAAGAUCUGCAAAGAGGAGUGGAACAAAAUCCCUCCUGAGAUGUGUGCAAACCUGGUGGCCAACUACAAGAAACGUCUGACCUCUGUGAUUGCCAACAAGGGUUUUGCCACCAAGUACUAAGUUUUGCAGAGGGGUCAAAUACUUAUGUCCCUCAUUAAAAUGCAAAUACAUUUAUAACAUUUUUGACAUGCGUUUUUCUGGAUUUUUGUUGUUGUUAUUCUGUCUCUCACUGUUCAAAUAAACCUACCAUUAAAAUUAUAGACUGAUCAUGUCUUUGUCAGUGGGCAAACGUACAAAAUCAGCAGGGGAUCAAAUACCUUUUUCCCUCACUGUAGCAUUGUGUAGUAUCCAUGUUGUGUUGUAUCUUGACACUUGUUGUUGUGUUGUGUAGCUGGUGAAGCAGUGCCACUCCAUGCUAGAGGCUGGCAGGGCCUAUUGUCAGACCAGCAAGAGCUUUGUCACAGGGCUCAAAGAGCUGGGCCACCACUGUUCUGGGGACAACAUGAUGGGGGUGAGUCUAUAGAGAUUCUGGGUAAUACACUCUAAGCACUGAUUUGGGAUCAGUGUAGAAGGAACCUAACUGUAUAGGUCCUAUUACUCAUAGUAAAUUCAUAUGAAGGGAAGUGAAAGUUCUGUUCUAUUGUAUUCAGUCAUUGAAAAAAAGAAAAAAAACUGACUAAUUCUAUGUUAUUUUCUCAUCCAGGAGUGUUUGGAGAAAUUCUCCAAGAAGCUGGCAGUGAUUCUUGAAGCUCAGGGGGUGAGUUGGACUCCUCUAUUGUGCAUCGCUUUUAACAUGAGUUACUGUAGCAACCACUAUUAAAUGUCAGGUGUCUGAGUAUCUCUGUCUCUCUCUCGUUCUCUGUCUCGCUCUGUUUCUUUCUCUGUCUCCCUAUGUGUCUCUCUCUCUCGCUCGCUCUCUUUCUCACUCUCUUUUUCUCAUAGGAAGUGAUUGAAACCACACAGAAGUCGGUGAAGUUGAAGUUGCUGAGUUUUGUGAAAGAGUGAGUGAGUCUGGCACUCCUUCCUCAUUCAGUCCUCUUUGCCCAAACUACUACCAUACACUGCUUUCACAACAUCUCCUAAUCCAGUCCCACCCACCUCUGGUCUGAAAGGGCCACUCCCUAGCAUUCAAUUAUGCUACCCCCUUAUCCCUCCCUCCCUCCCUCUCUCUCCCCCUCCCCUUCUCCCAGGGACGUGCGUCGGUUCAAGGAUGUGCGUAAGGAGUUUGAGCGGGACAGUGAGAGUCUGGAGGCGGCAUUGGGGAGGAACGCUCAGGCCCCCCGGGGAAAACAGCACGAGGUGGAAGAGGCCAGCCAUGCCCUCCUCAACGCCCGCAAGACCUUCCGCUCCGGAGCCCUCGACUACGUACUGCAGGUGAGGGCAUCCAAGGUGGAUGGUUGAGGGAGAUGGAGGGGUGCGUGUUUGCCUGUGUACACACACUGGCAUGGCUGUAGAAACAUGCUUUAAUUGACACGCCCAAAUGCAUUUUCAGCAUGUUAGUUUGACUUUGAAUUGGGUUUGAGUGGUUUGCUUGAAAUUGAAUUACAGGCCAGUAUUGAAACGAUCAGUUCUAGACUGGAAUGUUUUUCAUUCCACAGCUGGCUUGCUUUCUGAGAACAUGGAUACUACUCAAAGGCCUCAAACAGAAUGCUAGAUCAUUUUAUACAUAACAGAUGUCAGGGCCAGGCCAUAUUUCUAACAAAUGAAUUAAUAUAAUAUGCAACAGCACCUAUGUUUAGGAACAUGUGUUUUGCUGUGGUGAAUGAUAACAGCAUUGCCUGAGGGUUUCCCUGUAGGAUGCUGGUCACUAUACAUACCCAGAGGUUCGUACUACCUGCAAUCAUAACAACACACAUGUUCUGUUCCCUCCUGUUCACAAACUCUCCUAGAUCAAUGUCAUCGAGGCCAAGAAGAAGACCGACAUCCUAAUGGCGGUGCGUUUCAUCAUGUGGGAACUUUUAUUGUUGGGAGUAUUGUAAAUGUUCCAUGGUUAAGUCCACAUGUGGGUGUGUAAUAAUUUGUUUACUUGAGCAGUUGUUGAGUUCUUUUUAUGCUUGCAUGUAUUGUUUAGAAGGUAGUUGGUUGUAUGAAAACGCUUUGCUUUGUGUUUUUCUGUCAGAUUGUGUCUAUGAUGGAGGCCCAGUCCCAGUUCUUCCAGCAAGGUCACCAGUCCCUCUCGGAGCUGGACGACUACCGCCGCACCCUGAGUGAAGAGGUAACAAGAGCAUGUGAAGGAAUGAGAGGGAGGAAGGGAGAGGGAGAAGUGUGUUGGAUAAACCAAAUUCAUAGAUGAAGAGAUCUGUUCAAGUACAUUGUUCAGAUGUUGAAAUUAGGGAACAGAGAGAGAGAGUGGGGUAAAAAGAGUUUAUGAGAGAGAGUGGAAGAGAAGAGGGGGAUGAAUUCAUCUCCUCUUAGUUGGAUGGUGAAAAGGUUUAUUCUAACAGUUGAUUCCAUUGAUUAAUUAGUACAUGAGUCCUAACAAUGUGGUCCAGAGGGAUGAGGAAGUCACAAGGUGACGUCCCUCUCAUCGUGACAGGAAACAGUGUGGGCACCGUCAACAGGAAACAUUUCACAUGACUGAGAAAGUGUGUGUUUGUGUGUGUGUGUGUGUGUGCCUGCGUGUGCCUGCGUGCGCGCAUGUGUGUGUGUGAACACGUGCGUGCGUGUUUUCAUCUAGUCAUACAGUAACGUUUGUGCUACGUUGGAUGAGCACUGUAGCAUAACUGGAAGUGCUACUAUACAUGGAGCACUAGGCCUGAAGGCAACAGUAGACUCAAACUAACAGGAAGGUUAGUCAGAGAGAAGCUCGAAACCGGAAAGCAAGUCACCUUUCACUGGAGCAUUAAAGCCACAAAGACUGUUUUAGCUCUUCCUGCUGUUACAGGAAAUGGCGAAAGAGUGAUAGGCAGAAUGAGAGAGAGAAAGAACGAGAGGGCAAGAGAAUGUACAAAUACCUGCAGAAGGUGUUUAAAGACUGCUGGAUCGACUGAAACCUUAAUGGGAAAGAGAGGGAGAAAGUAAAGCUGCUAUAAGAAGCUGCUGGAGGGUUUUCCUUGAUCCUCCAUGCAGCAACAGAAAGUUGGGAGAGGUUCAGCACUUCCUCCUUCCUGUUUCCCCAAGAGGAGGAAGUCUGGAUUGAUGGACUCCCUGAUCUCCAGCUAAAAGCUGUCCAAGCCAGAAGCCCUUAAUCUCCUAGCCUGAGUUUCCUCAACAGUUUCUACAUGAAUCUCUACAACUUUACAUCAAAAACAUACACUGUUCCAGUAUAAUGUGUACAUUAUUCUCUAUAUUUUGUUCCCUGACCGAACUGGCCUAUCAUGCUGCACUGCCGUGUGUGAUAUAGGAAAAUGUGCAUCAUUUGAAACAUAUUGCAUUCUGUGUUUUUUAAAUCAAAUUGUUUGUGCCUGACUCUCUCUUUUCUCUCUCACACACACAGCACACUCAACUAGUGUUGAAUUCUGCCAGGGAGAAGAGAGACAUGGAACAGAGACAUGCUGCCAUUAAGAAAAAGGUGAACACUGCUGGAACCAAACUAAACACAGGCCACCAAGAUGGCUGCCAUGUUAUUACACUAGAAGCAAAGAUUUUUAUAACUAAACCAAGAUAGACCACAGCCUGUCGUUUCCAAUGGGAACAAAUUAGUCAUAGUAGGCAGAACAAGCAAGGAUGUGGGCAGAGCCAAGCAUGAACUAGCGAGAUCCAAUUGGUGCUUUCUAGCAUGCAUCUGCAUAUUUCCCUUAGGGAACGCCACCUCUGUGAAGUGCCGUGUGCAAAAACUCAAUUCGCCUUUGCAAUCUAAACAACGUGAUUUUUAUAAUUUUUUGUGAAGGGUCAAGUCUACAAAACGUAGUCCACUUUGUUCAGAACAUAUUCUAGUUUUGGGAACAGAAAACUGUAUUGAGAUCAAAUGUUUUAUCGGUGAGAAAAUUUGCAGAAUGUCGGCCAAAAUCCAUCUCGUUCCAUCUUCUCCCACUGCCGGCCAGUGGGCUUCCUCUCACUACCAUAUUUGGUAGUGAGUGGAAACGCCAAGGGGAUGCUUCACAUUUAUACAUCCAGUGAAAUAUCUGUCUCAUUGUUCUAUCUGUGCUAGAAGUCUCCAACCUGUGAAAAUACAGCUUAGUCAAACCUGAUGAAGUCAUCACUUCCUGUUAGACAUAGCUUGGUGAUCUACUGGCAUCACUGCAUUGCAAUGAUAACAUCCCUUCCCUACAGUAAUGUUUAUGUUUGUGUUGGCAGGAUGUCUCCUAUGAUAACUCCUUAAUGGAUUUCUGUGCUGACGCACCCAACGGUAUCGCCAUGGAGGGCUACCUGUAUAAGAGAGCUAGCAACGCCUUCAAGACCUGGAGCAGGUAUGUUACCCCACCACUCUCUUUCUCUCUCCCUCUCUCUUUCUCUCUACUGUAUGUUGUUCUCUCCCUCUUUCACAUUCUCUCACGCUCUAUUUCUCUCUCCUUUGUCUCUUGGAUAUUUUUAAGGCUGUAGCCUAGGAAGUAGUGGAGGCUGCUGAGGGGAUGACGGCUCAUUGUAAGGGCUGGAAUGGAAACCACGUUUGAAACCAUUCUAUUGACUCUAUUCAAGGCAAUAUUAUGAGCCAUCCUCCCCUCAGCAGCCUCCACUGCUAGGAAGGUGAUGGGUAGAAUCAGGAUGAAGCUGAUGAUUGCAUUAUUCAUUCUCAUCUUCUUUUGAUCUCAUGUCUCACGACUGUAGGCGCUGGUUCUCUAUCCAGAAAAAUCAACUGGUCUAUCAGAAGAAAUUCAAGGUGAAUUUUUUAAUGCCACUGUUUUACUAUUCAAUGCAUUUUUAAUAGCAAUCCAUGUAGAGACAAAGAGAAUGAAGUGCACACACACACACACACACACACACACACACACACACACAGACACACACACACACACACACAGACACACAGACACAGACACACACACAGACACACACACACACAGCCUGACCAUGUCCUUCUUUCUCUCAGGACCAGCCCACAGUAGUGAUUGAGGAUCUGCGUCUUUGUACAGUGAAGGUCUGCGCUGACAACGAGAGACGAUUCUGCUUCGAGGUGGUCUCUCCAUCCAAGUGAGUCUACAGUAGUGUGUGUGUGUGUCGGUAUAUACAGUGAAAGUAGGGAUGUGUGUGUGUUGAUGUUGCUUUAGAUAUUUGUUUAGGGUGUUUAGUGUUAACAUAGUGAGUGUGUGUGUGUGUGUGUGUGUGUGUGUGUGUGUGUGUGUGUGUGUGUGUGUGUGUGUGUGUGUAGGAGCUGUCUGUUGCAGGCAGACUCUGAGCGUCAGCAGCAGGGCUGGAUCAGUGCUGUCCAGAACAGCAUCGCUUCAGCCUUCCAGGAACGCAGAGAAGACCCACACUGUCCAGUGAGAAAACACACUAACAUUAUUCAUUCUCACUACACGUGUUUCAGAAGCAGGGUUGUAGCUCAUUGUCUACACCAGUAUUUCCCAACCCUGGUCCUUGAGUACUCCCAACAGUACACAGUUUAGUUGUAGCCCUUGACAAGCACAACUCAUUCAACUGAUUGAGAGCUUAAUGAUUAGUUGACAAGUUGAAUCAGGUAUGCUUGUCCAGGGUUACAUAAACAAUGUGUACUGUUGGGGGUACUGGAGGACCAAGGUUGGGAAACAUUGGUCUACACAAAGUAUAGGAAUCAACACACUCACUUUCAUUCAAUAUGUUUGUGUGUGUACAUCUCUCUCUCUCUCUCUCUCUCUCACACACAGAGGGAGCGUUGCAGCUCUGUGUCGGGAGGCAGCCCAGGAGGAGGAGGGCUGUGUGGGGAGCAGGAGAAGACGGGGGGCUGCGAGGCUUUGGAGAUGGUCCAGACCAUCCCGGGGAACAUGCAGUGUUGCGACUGUGGAGAGCCCGGUCCGGACUGGGCCUCUAUCAACCUGGGGAUCACCCUCUGCAUCGUCUGCUCGGGGAUACACAGGUACACACACACACACACACACACACACGCGCGCGCAAACACACACACAAACUAAUAUGUAACUACCUCCCCUCUUCUGUGUCCUUCUGACAGGAGUCUGGGCGUCCAUUUCUCCAAAGUACGCUCCCUCACCCUGGACUCCUGGGAACCAGAGCUGGUCCGGGUAAGAAUACAUCCACUACACUGCCUUUGGAUUCAUCUCAAUAGUGUAACAUUACUAGACUAAUGUCAGGGGGGGUACUGUACAUGCGUUUUAGAAUGUGUUAAAAGUCUAUGUAGAAAUAUACUUUCUUUAUUCAAUAUAAACACAACUGAAGUGUGUGUUUAUCCUUCCUCCCUGUCCUGUAGUUGAUGUGUGAGUUGGGAAACACAGCCAUCAACAGGAUCUACGAGGCGCGAAUUGAUGAGAUCACCAUCAAGAAACCCCACCCAUCCAGUCCAAGGUAUGAACUAUCUCACUCCCCACUCUCACUUUCAUUCCUCGGGUCAUGAGUCAUCACUUUUUAUUAAUCUCACAUUGACAGUCAAGAUUUAAUAGCGUUGCUGUGUGAUUUUAUUGAAGUUAUAUUAAGGAUAAUGGAACAGAACAUUCAUAGAAAUAUAUUGUGUAGACCAGACAUGAUUCUGUAUUGUGUAUAUACUGUAGAGUAGCUCUAUUCAUUAUAUCUUUAUCCGCAACAUUCAAAACAUUUCAAAUUCUGUUGAAGCCCCAGGGAUAAGAAUUCCCCCUUCAUCUCCUCCUGGUGUCACUAACAUGAACCUGCAGGGAGAUGUUUUACAGUUUUUCCUUAUUACACUUUACAUGCAUACUGCUAAAUGUAAGCUAUCCUUUUUCUUUGCUCAAUAUGCCAACAUUCUUUCUUUAAGUACACUACAUGACCAAAAGUAUGUGGACACCUGCUCGUCGAACAUCUCAUUCCAAAAUCAUGGGCAUUAAUAUGGAGUUGGUCCCCCCUUUGCUGCUAUAACAGUCUCCACUCUUCUGGGAAGGCUUUCCACUAGAUGUUUCUAACAUUGCUGCGGAGACUUGCUUCCAUUCAGCCAUUAGUGAGGUCAGGCACUGACUUUUGUAUGUACAGUGCAUUCGGAAAGUAUUCAGACCCCUUGACUUUUUCCACAUUUUGUUACAUUACAGCCUUAUUCUAAAAUGGAUAACAUUUAUUUUCCUCAUUAAUCUACACACAAUACCCCAUAAUGACAAAGCGAAAACAGGUUUUUUGAUUUUUUUUGCAAAUGUAAUUUUAUUUACAUAAGUAUUCAGACCCUUUGCUAUGAGACUCGGAAUUGAGCUCAGGCGCAUCCUGUUUCCAUUGAUCAUCCUUGAGAUGUUUCUACAACUUGAUUGGAGUCCACCUGUGGUAAAUUCAAUUGAUUGGACAUGAUUUGGAAAGGCACACGCCUGUCUAUAUAAGGUCCCACAGUUGACAGUGCAUGUCAGAGCAAAAACCAAGCCAUGAGGUUGAAGGAAUUGUCCGGAGAGCUCCGAGACAGGAUUGUGUCGAGGCACAGAUCUGGGGAAGGGUACCAAAAAAUAUCUGCAGCAUUGAAGGUCCCCAAGAACACAGUGGCCUCCAUCAUCCUUAAAUGGAAGAAGUUUGGAACCACCAAGAUUCUUCCUAGAGCUGUCCGCCUGGCCAAACUGAGCAAUCGGUGGAGAAGGGCCUUGGUCAGGGAGGUGACCAAGAACCCGAUGGUCACUCUGACAGAGCUCCAGAGUUCCUCUGUGGAGAUGGGAGAACCUUCCAGAAGGACAACCAUCUCUGCAGCACUCCACCAAUCAGGCCUUUAGUGGCCAGACGGAAGCCACUCCUCAGUAAAAGGCACAUGACAGCCCACUUGGAGUUUGCCAAAAGGCACCUAAAGACUCUCAGACCAUGAGAAACAAGAUUCUCUGGUCUGAUGAAACCAAGAUUGAACUCUUUGGCCUGAAUGCCAAGCGUCACGUCUGGAGGACGUGGAAAUGUUUUUCAGCGGCAGGGACUGGGAGACUAGUCAGGAUUUAGGGAAAGAUUAACGGAGCAAAGUACAGAGAGAUCCUUGAUGAAAACCUGCUCCAGAGCGCUCAGGACCUCAGACUGGGGCGAAGGUUCACCUUCCAACAGGACAAUGACCCUAUGCACACAGCCAAGACAACGCAGGAGUGGCUUCGGAACAAGUCUCUGAAUGUCCUUGAGUGGCCCAGCCAGAGCCUGGACUUGAACCCGAUAGAACAUCUCUGGAGAGACCUGAAAAUAGCUGUGCAGCGACGCUCCUCAUCCAACCUGACAGAGCUUGAGAGGAUCUGCAGAGAAGAAUGGGAGAAACUCCCCAAAUACAGGUGUGCCAAGCUUGUAGCGUCAUACCGAAGAAGACUCGAGGCUGUUAUUGCUGCCAAAGGUGCUUCAACAAAAUACUGAGUAAAGGGUCUGAAUACUUAUAUAAAUGUGAUAUUUCAAAAAAAAAUUGGUUAUAAAUUUGCAAAGAUUUCUAAAAGCCUGUUUUUGCCUUGUCAUUAUGGGGUAUUGAGUGAGGGGGAAAAAACUAUUUCAUCCAUUUUAGAAUAAGGCUGUAUUGUAAAAAAAAAUGUAGAAAAAGUCAAGGGGUCUGAACACUUUUCGAAUGCCCUGUAUAGUGUAUCUGACUUCCUCUUUUCUUCUCCUCUGAUGCACCCCAGACAGGAAGUUACACAGGUACAUGACGACGGCUGUGGUUUGUGUCGUAUCAUGACAACGACUGUGGUUUGUGUCGUAACUAAACUGUCCCCCAGAAAUGUGCUGUGCAACUGCAUGGCUUUGUAAAACAGUACAGGGAGGGCUGAAUUGAACUGAAUUGUGAUGAUGAUGGUUUGAUAAUGUGCAUUACUGUGUAUGAAAUUCAUUUGAUUUGAUAUAUUGUUUUAAUCAAAUUGCUUUUAUGAUCUGACACUCUUGCCUUCCUUUAUUUAUCUCUAUCCAUAUCUCUUUCUCCAUCUCUCUCGCUCCACCCUCUCUCUCUCUCUCUUUCUCCAUCUCUCUCUCUCUCCCGCUCUCUCUCUCUAUCGCUCUGUCAGGGGUGAUAAGGAGUCGUGGAUCCAUUCUAAGUACGUGGAGAAGACGUUUAUCCAGAAGCUCCCAGAGACGGGACAUAACGCUCCCCUGCGGCGCUCCAGCGCCCGGAGGAACAGGGCUAACACCCAGGAGAGGCCAGCCGGGUCACGACCCCCACUCAAACCCAAACCCAACCGGGCCACCCUGCCACGACUCGCAGGUACUGGACAGGACAUACAUGCUUAUCUGAUUCACACUAUAGGGUCAAACCGAGCAGAGCUGUAACGGGCUGGCCUGGUUACGCAUUACAUUACAACUGAUCAGGUAUGCAAAUCAAUAGUGUAUACAUUUCUGCCUCCUAUUAAAGAGAUGUUGAUGUUCUUUACACAGUCUGCUGAUGGACUGGUAGGUGUUGAGGUGUUAUAAGUCCUGAUCCAGUACAGAUGUGUGUCCAGGUGUCAUGCGACGUGUAUGCGGUAGCGAAGUCAAAAGCAGGACACAGAGCGGCUGGCAACGUUAUUUACUGAACACAGUAAAAUCAACGUACACAACAACAAACCUCCAAAACAGGGAGGAAAGCACAAAGACCCGUACAUACACGAACUGCCGGAAAUGACAACAAACAAUAACACACAAAAUACGAAAUGAGAGACAGGGGUAAAUAUAGGGAAUACAAUCAAACAUAAUGGGGAACAGGUGUAAACAAUAAAGACUAAACAAGACAAACACCGAAACAUCGAUCGGCAGCAGCUAGUAAUCAAAUCAAAUCAAAUCAAAUUUUAUUGGUCACAUGCGCCGAAUACAACAGGUGCAGACAUUACAGUGAAAUGCUUACUUACAGCCCUCCGGGGACGACGAACGCCGAAGCCUGCCCGAGCAAGGAGGAGGAGCAGCCUCGGCUGAAUCCGUGACAGUACCCCCCCCCCCCCCCCCCCCCCUUGACGCGCGGCUCCAGCCGUGCGCCGACCCCGGCCUCGGGGACGGCCAGGAGGACGCGGAGCAGGGCGAGUCGGAUGACUCCGGUGGAAAUCCCUCAACAGGGAGGGAUCUACAAUGUCCCUCCUAGGGACCCAGCACCAUUCCUCCGGACCGUACCCCUCCCACUCCACGAGAUACUGCAGACCCCCCAUCCGACGCCUCGAAUCCACGAUGGACCGGACUGAGUACGCCGGAGCCCCCUCGAUGUCUAGUGGGGGUGGAGGAGCCUCUCGAAUCUCAUUCUCCUGGAGUGGACCAGCUACCACCGGCCUGAGGAGAGACACAUGGAACGAGAGGUUAAUGCGGUAAUUAAUGGGCAGUUGUAACCUAUAACAUACCUCGUUCAAUCUCCUCAGGACUUUAAAUGGCCCCACCAACCGCCGACCCAGCUUCCGGCAGGACAGGCGAAGGGGCAGGUUUCGGGUCGAGAGCCAGACCCGAUCUCCCGGUGCAUAAACCGGACCCUCACUGCGGUGGUGAUCGGCGCUCGCCUUUUUCCGUCUGAUAGCCCGCUGCAGAUGGACAUCCGCAGCGUUCCAUGUUUCCUCCGAGCGCCGAAACCACUCAUCCACCGCAGGAGCUUCGAUCUGGCUCUGAUGCCAUGGUGCCAGGACCGGCUGAUACCCCAACACACACUGAAAAGGCGUAAGAUUAGUGGAGGAGUGGCGGAGUGAGUUUUGGGCUAUCUCUGCCCAGGGGAUACAGUGGGGGAAAAAAGUAUUUAGUCAGCCACCAAUUGUGCAAGUUCUCCCACUUAAAAAUAUGAGAAAGGCCUGUAAUUUUCAUCAUAGGUACACAUCAACUAUGACAGACAAAUUGAGAAGAAAAAAAAUCCAGAAAAUCACAUUGUAGGAUUUUUAAUGAAUUUAUUUGCAAAUUAUGGUGGAAAAUAAGUAUUUGGUCACCUACAAACAAGCAAGAUUUCUGGCUCUCACAGACCUGUAACUUCUUCUUUAAGAGGCUCAUCUGUCCUCCACUCGUUACCUGUAUUAAUGGCACCUGUUUGAACUUGUUAUCAGUAUAAAAGACACCUGUCCACAACCUCAAACAGUCACACUCCAAACUCCACUAUGGCCAAGACCAAAGAGCUGCCAAAGGACACCAGAAACAAAAUUGUAGACCUGCACCAGGCUGGGAAGACUGAAUCUGCAAUAGGUAAGCAGCUUGGUUUGAAGAAAUCAACUGUGGGAGCAAUUAUUAGGAAAUGGAAGACAUACAAGACCACUGAUAAUCUCCCUCGAUCUGGGGCUCCACGCAAGAUCUCACCCCGUGGGGUCAAAAUGAUCACAAGAACGGUGAGCAAAAAUCCCAGAACCACACGGGGGGACCUAGUGAAUGACCUGCAGAGAGCUGGGACCAAAGUAACAAAGCCUACCAUCAGUAACACACUACGCCGCCAGGGACUCAAAUCCUGCAGUGCAAGACGUGUCCCCCUGCUUAAGCCAGUACAUGUCCAGGCCCGUCUGAAGUUUGCUAGAGUGCAUUUGGAUGAUCCAGAAGAGGAUUGGGAGAAUGUCAUAUGGUCAGAUGAAACCAAAAUAGAACUUUUUGGUAAAAACUCAACUCGUCGUGUUUGGAGGACAAAGAAUGCUGAGUUGCAUCCAAAGAACACCAUACCUACUGUGAAGCAUGGGGGUGGAAACAUCAUGCUUUGGGGCUGUUUUUCUGCAAAGGGACCAGGACGACUGAUCCGUGUAAAGGAAAGAAUGAAUGGGGCCAUGUAUCGUGAGAUUUUGAGUGAAAACCUCCUUCCAUCAGCAAGGGCAUUGAAGAUGAAACGUGGCUGGGUCUUUCAGCAUGACAAUGAUCCCAAACACACCGCCCGGGCAACGAAGGAGUGGCUUCGUAAGAAGCAUUUCAAGGUCCUGGAGUGGCCUAGCCAGUCUCCAGAUCUCAACCCCAUAGAAAAUCUUUGGAGGGAGUUGAAAGUCCGUGUUGCCCAGCGACAGCCCCAAAACAUCACUGCUCUAGAGAUCUGCAUGGAGGAAUGGGCCAAAAUACCAGCAACAGUGUGUGAAAACCUUGUGAAGACUUACAGAAAACGUUUGACCUGUGUCAUUGCCAACAAAGGGUAUAUAACAAAGUAUUGAGAAACUUUUGUUAUUGACCAAAUACUUAUUUUCCACCAUAAUUAGCAAAUAAAUUCAUUAAAAAUCCUACAAGGUGUUCAUCACCCCUUCCAUGGCGGUGCCAAGAUCCUGGAUCAUGGCCGCUUGUUGGAUAACGCGCUCCUCCAGUGAUCCCGCUGGCACCGUCGCUCCUGCUGACUCCAUGGAAGGUGUGUUAUUCUGUCAUGCGACGUGUCUGCGGUAGCGAAGUCAAAAGCAGGACACAGAGCGGCUGGCAACGUUAUUUACUGAACACAGUAAAAUCAACGUACACAACAACAAACCUCCAAAACAGGGAGGAAAGCACAAAGACCCGUACAUACACAAACUGCCGGAAAUGACAACAAACAAUAACACACAAAAUACCAAAUGAGAGACAGGGGUAAAUAUAGGGAAUAAAAUCAAACAUAAUGGGGAACAGGUGUAAAUAAUAAAGACUAAACAAGACAAACACCGAAACAUCGAUCGGCAGCAGCUAGUACUCCGGGGACGACGAACGCCGAAGCCUGCCCGAGCAAGGAGGAGGAGCAGCCUCGGCUGAAUCCGUGACACCAGGUCAGGAAUGUAAGCGAUGCAGGUGCUGUGGGUUAUUUGUGUCUGUCCAAGGGAUAGAUAAGAGGAUAGAUACCAACGACAGAAAUUCCACAACACACACACACACACACACACACACACCAUAAACUUGGUGACACAGCAAAAAGCGGUAAGCUUGGGUACAUUGUUGUAGUGUGUGUAUUGUUAUAAUCAGCAGGAUAAACCUGUCAUCUUGUGGUCUGUUGCUGUACUGAAGGAAUGUCAUGUGACGCUCUCUCUCUCUCCCCUCAGGGCUCAACCAGAGUGACCUUGUCCAAAACAACAAUACUGGCAUUCACAAAGGUGACACAAACACACACAGAGAUGCCCCCCCCCCACACACACACACACACACUCCCCCACCACCCCCACCCCACACACACAUACACACAAACAAAAACCCUGUCAUCCCUCCACAGAUUAUGAAGAUGAGGAAGAGGAGGACCUGUCUGGUCUUCAUCCCGGGGCGUUGUUAUAUCGGUCUGCAGCGCUGCAGCAUUUCCCUGUCAUGGCCGACGCCCUGGCCCAUGGAGCUGACGUCAACUGGGUCAACACAGCCGAGGGGUCCAGCACCCCACUCCUACAGGCCGUCACCGCGGUGAGGAGAGAGAGAGAGAGUGUGUGUGUGUGUGUGUGUUUAGAAGAGAUCGAGCAGGUUUGUGUGAAUGUAUCUGUUGUGUGUAUAUGCUCACUGGCCCUCUGACUCCUGUCUCUCCAGAACUCCUUGGCAGCGUGUGAGUUCCUGCUACAGAACGGUGCCAAUGUUAACACAGCAGACAGUAACGGGAGAGGACCUCUACACCACGCCACUAUACUGGGGCACACUGGGUAGGAUGGACACACACACACACACACACACACACACACACACACACACACACACACACACACUAACCUGGUCCCUGUCUCCCAGGCUUGUGUGUCUGUUCCUGAAGCGAGGGGCAGACUACAACGCCAGAGACAACACCCAGAAAGACCCCAUUACUAUCGCCGUGGAGACAGCCAACGCUGACAUCGUCACCCUGUGAGUAUAAACUUCAGUUGAUUUGUUGACACUAGAAAGAUUGAUUGAUUUUCUCACGACUCUGCUUUCUCCUGACAGGCUGCGAAUUGCCAAGAUGAACAAGGAGAUGCGUGAGAUGGACGGAGCCUUUGGCCAACCAGGUCACUCAGGGGGACAGGGAGUGGGCGGGACAGGGAGUGGGAUGGGCCAAACCAGGAAGGGACUUCAGGCCUUGAAGAAGCAACUGAGUGGAUGGGCACUAGGGGGGCAGAAUGAGUAGAGAGAGGGGGACUGGCAUUCGUAACUGAGGAGAGAACAGAUAGGGAGGAGGAGGGGUACUGCUGAGGUGCAUAGGCUACUCGGCUAACAGUUCCCAGUAAGUUGUGAGGUAACAUUAAAAUAUAUAUAUAUAUAUUUUUUAACAUUACAGGCUGAUGUUAAAAUUAUGUUUUGAUUGAUUUCUGGAAUCAUUGCUGGACCCUUCCUAGAGUGCUAAAAAUAAUAGGUUAGGGGAACGUUCUUGGAACUUAUAUGGGGAACGUUCCUGGAACUGAGAAUUGUUAACUGGAUUACUGGGUAGGGACGAUUUCCUGUAACUCAGUAGAGGGAGUAGAGAGGGGGAGUAGAGUGAAUGCAGUUUGAGUAGAGGGAUAACUAGAAUACAGGGUAAAUGUAUGGACAAGAGGCUUCUAUACUGUAGUCUUUCUGUAUGUGGGAAGAGGUGGCCAUUUUGGGAAUAUAAUACUAAAGGGAAAAACAGGGAAAAGGAGAGAACCAGGGAAAAGGAGAGAACAUACCGUAGAAGAGGAAGGAGGGACGUUUAAGGGAGUGUUUAUGUAAUGACAUGUAUGCACACCCAUGAGUGAGUCCACGUUGCACUUUGAUGUAGAAUUAAUGAACGCAGUUAGUCAUCCUGCACUUUACAGCCCAUAUAAGCUCUAUGUAGAUCACAGAGUAUGAUAACACUGGGCAUUGGCCAUGUUUAACAUAUAUUUAUACACCUAUAUAUAAGUGUACAGUUCUAUAUGGACUAAUGUAUUGUAUGAUAGCACAGGAUGUUGCCUGAAAAAGAAGGAAUCUGAUUGUUUAGGUUGUCUAGUCAUGUACAUUUUAUGUACCUUGCAUAGUGUAAUUGAGUCUGCUGUAUGUGUAGUAAGUCCAACAACCAAUGCUUUUUUCACUUAUACAACUGUAUGUUCCCCCAUUUCCCAGGCUUACUUUAACCUUUUCAAACGGACUCUUUUGUCAAACCUAAGUGGUUAUUAUUGUGUUUGACCGGUUUCAAAUACACACUGCCACUGUUUAAGCAUUGCUUUUGCUUGAGAAUAAGAACUUGAUGCUGAGAACAUAAAGAUGUACAGGAAGUAAUUAGCCUGUCCAUUGUAGUUCAGUGUUUUCCAAACAGUGGCUCGGGGCCCACUGCUGGUUUAUGUUGUGGCCAGUCUUAGGCUGCUGGUCAAGCCUGGGUCGUGGCUGUUAUAAACAUGUUUUUGUCUAUCGGGACAAUGAACAAUGCACAAUGCUUAAACAUUUGGGAACCACUGGUCUAAACCCAUCGGUUAGCCAGUAAGCCUAGCAGAUGCAACUGAUUUGGGCUGGAUCAGUGGACUCUCACUGGGCAGAGCUGCAAUAUUUCUGCGCUGUGUUGUAUGAGAGAGAGUGUCCCAUCCAUUCUUCCAUGGCCAAACUGUCUGCCAAGUCUGUUCCAAGUCCAAUUGAUUUACUCCAGUACUGACACAAUAACUCACUAUUUUAAAUAUUCUAACUCAAAUAAUAUGUCUGGCCCUGGAGGACUGAGGUUGUGAUGCUCAUGUAAUGUCUAUACUUGGAGAUGCUUAAUUUGUCUGUCAGUCUCUGAUAUGCAGUGCUUUCUCAUUGUUGUCUUGUGAGCCUUUGUGUUUGUCCAAUGAGGCGACUGCCUGUUCUGCGCUGCUUGCACAGUGUGUCCCUUGAUGCCCCCACCUUACAGCGCUACAGGUAAACAGUGUGCCUCCAAGUGCAUUCAUGUUUAUAGUAGUAGUUUAAUGUGGACAAAUUGAGAGAGAGAAAAUAGGGCGGCUAAGGACAGAAAUGUACUGUACAGACAAUACUUCCCCCCCCCGAAAUUAAACAAAUUACAUUAACGUAAAAAUGUCUUCAUGCUCUCUUCCUGAAUGUUCUUCUCAUGUCUUGUUUUCCUAAGGUGAUGAAACGUACCAGGACAUCUUCAGGGACUUCUCUCACAUGGCCUCUAACAACCCGGAGAAACUCAAACGGCGCAGCACAGACUAUAAGACUUGA